AUGCAAGCAUCGCUGCCGUCUACUCCGGGUUUGCUGCCCAGCACAACGUCGCUGUGUCAGCCAACAGAGCGCCCGUCUCCCGCGCCUGCAGACGUCUCGGACAUCUACGUGUGGGGCAGCGGCCACGUUGGGCAGCUGGGGCUCGACCCAGAAUCAGAGUUCGAGCUCGAGGACCAAUACGUGUCGCAUCCGCAGCGCUUACGGCACGAAGCGCUGCUGCACAAGCGCGUCCUCCAGGUCUGCUGCGGCCGCGACUGGACCGCUUGUCUCACA